GGUCGCUGGCAUCAGAGUACCUGCUAUGCCCACCAUAUCUGGCACCGCCUUCUUCAUCCUUGUGGGAUCUUCCUUUGGCCUUCUCCUUGGGUCCGCUGUCGCCCUUUGGCUGUAUGUGCCUUUUGGCUGGAUCGUGCUCUCCUCGUAUGUAGUAUGGGCGGUAUUCCUAGACCAGGCGCCGUACAAUGGCCGCGGCCGCAUCUUUCUCUUCCUUCGGUUCAAUUGGCUCUGGCAAUUUGCAAAAGGGUACUUUGCCCACACCUUACGGCAGGAGUCCGAGCUCGAUCCUUCGCAGAAGCACCUCUUCGUCGCCCAUCCCCACGGCGUGAUAGCCCUCGGAACUUGGCUUGUCUUUGUGCGUCCUCUCACCCGUAUAGCCAAGCAUCUUCGUCAGAGCGAUGGGGGCGGCGAUUCCAUUUACUUUUUGCGCAAGAAUCCAAACUUGCAGCUCAGUACUGCCACCGUGGGGUUGAAUUUUCUCCUUCCGUUCUGGCGAGAUCUCUUGCUCGCGCUGGGUUUCGUUGACGCGAGCUACGCGUCGUUGAAAGCUGUGCUGGCGCAAAACCGCAGCGUGUGCCUGCUGGUGGGAGGUAGCCAGGAAGCGCUGGAAGCUCAUCCAAACACGAACCGACUUGUGCUCGACAAGCGCAGGGGAUUCAUCAAGCUCGCGCUCGAAACCGGCGCUAAAGUUGUCCCUGUCUACACGUUUGGCGAGACCAACAUGUACACUCAAGUACGUUGCACGGCCGCUUUGUUUCCUACCGUGUGUGGUUGCAGAUGGCAAACCCGCCGGGGUCGUGGCUUCGCUCGAUUCAGGACGCUCUCGUCAAAUCUCUAACGAUUGCCACGCCGAUCCUGACAAGCGGCCCUUUACCCAAGAGCACGCCGCUGCUCACGGUCGUGGGGCCCGCCCUGGACUUCCCCCACAUAUCUGCCCCAUCGCCCGGCGACAUUGCCAAGUACCAUGCAACGUACAAGGUGGCGCUCCAAGCCCUCUUUGACAAGCACAAGCACGACUAUUACACCCCCGACGAACUCAAAUCGGCCGACCUCGUCAUAUUUGCCUGAGCGACGUCGAUGCUGCCAUAAGAGAGACGAUCGUCAUCCAUGCAUGCGAUCGGUAGGUCCGCAACAAGGGCGAGCCUGUCUCUUCCUGUGAGUGUACAAAACAACGCCC